AUGAAUCAUCGAAUUAUAUUUGGCUGGUUUUUUCCAUUUCUAUCAUCAUUAUCACACGUUAAAUCAUCUGUUCUAGGUAACUUAUAUCCAAUUUUAGAUAAACAAAAUUUACUUGAUAAUGAAAUUAUUCGUGAUGAUAAAAAAAUUUUAUCAUCGACAGUUAAGUUUGAAGAUAAAUAUUUAUUAAAAGAUAUUCUUAGCUAUGAAAAACAUAUUGGAAUACAAAAUUCUUUGAAAUCAUCUGCUGAAUGA